UUUUGUUCUGUUGUAAUGCUGAGAUUUACUGAUAUAGAAGCUUCAAAAGCUCCAGUCAUAUAUGAUGUUAAGAAAUUAACUCAACUGGGUGUUGAGCCACCCGAGAUAGUAUUAUUUGACUCUCAUUUUUGUCUUCUAAAGGGGUUCUUCCUGACUGUAUCCUUGGAGUCGAUCCUGAAAGUGGCCAAACACGCUUCGGAAAACAACAAGAUCUUCUGCAUAAAUCUGUCAGCUCCAUUCAUCUGUGAGUUCUUCAAGGAGGCCCUGAUGAAGGUUAUGCCCUAUGUGGACAUCCUUUUUGGCAACGAGACGGAGGCCGCCGUGUUUGCACAAGAGCAAGGCUUUGAGGUGAGUGGAUGGAGGAUCACACCCUAAACAGAUCCUAAAGGAUUAUUUUUCAGCUGA